CGGAGGCUGCUGGGAGGCUGCGGAGCCCUGGGCGGCGCGAUGGCACCGGCGGCGGCGGCUCGCGGCGCGCUCCCGGGCCGGCUCCCCGUGCUGGCUUGGGGCCUGGCGCUGUGGUGCCUGUGCGGGGCGGGCCCGCUGUGGAGAGGCAGCCACGAGUGGAAAAAACUAAUUCUGACCCAGCACUGGCCCCCAACAGUCUGCAAGGAAGUUAACAGCUGCCGAGACACUCUGGAUUAUUGGACAAUACACGGACUAUGGCCUGACAAAGCAGAAGAUUGCAACCAAUCCUGGCACUUUAACUUAAAUGAGAUUCAGGACCUUUUGCUAGACAUGAAGAUCUACUGGCCUGAUGUGAUUCACCCGUCUUCUAAUCGCAGCCGAUUCUGGAAACAUGAAUGGGAUAAGCACGGCACUUGUGCUGCGCAGCUGGAUGCCCUCAAUUCCGAGAAGAAGUACUUUGGGAAGAGCCUGGAUCUGUACAAGCAGCUUGACCUCAACAGCAUACUGCUAAAGCUUGGGAUCAAGCCGUCUAUCAAUUACUACCAGCUUGCAGAUUUCAAAGAUGCACUUACCAGAAUCUAUGGCGUGGUGCCUAAAAUCCAGUGCCUUCUGCCAGAACAGGGAGAGAAGGUGCAGACCGUUGGUCAGAUAGAGUUAUGCUUCACCAAGGAGGACUUCCGUUUGCGGAACUGUACUGAGCCAGGUGAGCAGCUCUCCCCCAACCAGGACGCCUGGCCGGCCAUGGGCGCUUCCACACACGGCAUGAUGGUCUGUGAAGAUGGUCCAAUCUUCUAUCCUCCACCUGCAAAGACCCAACACUGAAGUUCACGUUUAGGAAAUGUUGUAUGUUCCACAAAGGAAGAACAAGUCACCAAUUAUUGCUUUCUAAAAAUCCACCCAAAAGUUUCUUAAAAUGCGUUUGGCUUUUUUCUUGUGUGUUAAUGAGUUGAUUUUGGUGCAGUCUAAUUAGUAGGUGCUCCUGUGCUCUUCCAGCCAGCUGCCAGCAGCUGGUGUCAGGCCUAAUUUCCUGUCCCGAAGUAGCUACAUUCACACGGGUAAUUCACAAGAACUUGGAAGUCUUGACACAACAAUUUUUAUUUUGGUCAAGCUUAAAUUAUUCUGUUUCUUUUUUUAAAAUUUAAAAAGGUU